GAACGUAGCACGCGCUUUGACAGCUCAACACGCCAACAUGGCGGCUGGCAGCUAACGCAGGCGGCGCCUCCUCCUCCGUCUUUAUCCUGAUCUUAUCGGCAGGAAGGAAAUCCGCGGGGCCGCUGACAGUCACGGAGAGGCACGGUGAACGGAUGUCUGUCCCGGGCGCCGUCCCGCUCCGCUCCGGUAAUCUCAGGACUGUUAAACUGCUGAUGAUGUCAUCACCAAUGGCAGCCUCCCGUCUUCAGCCCUCCACGGCUCUGGACUCCCUGUCUGUGUCUUCCCUCUUAAGCGGGGAUCUGGAUGAUGAAGGAGGAAGAGGAGGAGAAGGUGAGGAUGAAGGACUGGGAGACCUGGAGGUGAACCCGUAUGAUGGUUUGCCCUUUUCUUCACGGUACUACGCCCUGCUGGACGAGAGGCGGCGCUUUCCGGUGUGGCGGCUCAGGCAGAGUCUGCUGGAGCACCUGGAGAGCCACAACAUGGUCCUACUGAGCGCGCCCAGCGGGGCCGGGAAAAGCACGCAGGUGCCUCAGUGGUGUGUGGAGUACGCGCUCUCCUAUGAGUUCUCUCAGGGCCUCGUCUGCUGCUCGCAGCCUCACGCGGCGGCGGCGGUGAGUCUCGCCCUUCGCGUGGCCGAUGAGAUGGACCUCAGCUUGGGUUUGGAGGUCGGCUACAGGGUGUCCCACGAUGACGGCUGCACGCCUGACACCCUGCUCAGGUUUGUCAGCGACACUCUCCUGCUGGAGGAAAUGAUGUCAGACCCCCUGCUGCAUCAGUACGGGGUCGUGGUCUUGGAUGAGCUGCAGGAGCGUACGGUGCCCACCGACGUGCUGCUCGGCCUGCUGUGCGACGUCUGCCGCCAGAGGCCCGACAACUUCCGGGUGGUCCUCCUCGCUCACCCGACGCUGGCACCUCGGCUCUCCGCCUUCCUGGGACCCUCCGUCCCUCACCUCUCCCUGGACAGCCUGCCCUCGGAGCCCCCUAACGGAGAGGAGGAGGAGGGUGGAGCAGAGGACAGGAAGGCUGCUAACGUGGAGGUGGAGACGCUGUACAGGGAGCUCUCAGCAGGCAAAGAGCCCGCCGCCGUCGCCUGUCACAUGGUGCUGGAUCUGCACCGAAGAGGAGAGGAAGGAGAUGUGAUGGUGUUUCUGGCCAGCGUGCAGGAAAUAGAAGAGUGCGCCGCCCUGCUGGAGAAGGAGUGCAUCGCUCUGAGUCCGCAGCUCGGCGCUCUCAGACUCCUCCCCCUCCACGCCGGGCUCGGUGGGCUUACCCAGCGGCUCUACGAGGCCGAACCCGACGCGUCCGCUCUGAGGGAGGAGGAAGGCUCUGAGGACGGCUCAGCGUCAGGAGGCGGCGGUGUGGGCGCUAAAAGGAAGGUCAUCCUCACCGAUACGCUCGCUGAGGCGUCCUUCUCGCUGCCGGGAAUUCGCUAUGUCAUCGACACUGGCCUCCAACUCAAAAAUGUUUAUAACCCACAAAUCAGAGCGAACUCUCAGGUCCUGAGAGCGAUCAGCAAACACCAGGCCGACAUGCGCACUCAGAGGGUGAACAGCCACCUUCCAGGUCUGUGCCUCCGUCUGUACUCCCAGUCCCUGUACGAGGAGGGCAUGGCAGAGGCUCGCUGUCCAGGUGUGAUGGAGGAGAACCUCAGCCACCUGGUGCUGCUGCUGAAGAGGCUCGACAUCGCUGACAUGGGACAGUGCAAGUUCCUGGACAGACCAGCCCCCGAGGCUCUGAUGCAAGCCUUGGAGGACCUGGACUACCUGGCAGCGCUGGAUGAUGACGGAAAUCUGUCGGAGGUGGGCAUCAUCAUGUCGGAGCUCCCCCUGGAGCCAUCGCUGGCUAAAGUGCUGAUCGCCGCCUGCGAGUACGACUGUGUCGACGAGGUUCUCACGAUCGCCGCGAUGCUCACAGCUCCUUCCUGCUUCGUCACUGCAGAGCCCAGCAGGGAGGAGGCGGCAGUCGCACACUGGAGGCCUCUGAUGCACACAGAGGGAGAUCACAUGACUCUCAUUAAUAUCUAUAAUGCCUUCUUAGAGCACAAUCAGGAUGAGGCCUGGUGCACGACGAACUUCCUCAGUCACGCCGCGCUGCGAUUGGCUGCGGUGAUCAGGGCGCAGCUGCUGGAGGUGAUGCAGCGGAUAGAGCUUCCUGUUUCUCCUCCUGCUUUCGGAUGCCAAGACAACUGCACGAACAUCAAGCGUGCGCUCAUCUCAGGCUUCUUCCUCAAAGUGGCUCACGAUGUGGACGGCUCCGGUAACUACCUCCUGCUAACUCACCGCCACGUGGCUCACCUCCAUCCCUUCUCUUCUUACCUGUGUCGACAACCGCGACCCGACCCCCCCGGCUGGGUCCUCUACCACGAAUUCACCGUCUCCCGUGAUAACUGCGUCCGCAUCGCCUCUGAAGUCCACCCUGAGAUGCUCGUGGAGCUGGCGCCUCAGUACUUCCUGGGAAACCUGCCUUCGAGCGACGGGAAGGAGCUGCUGAUGGAGCUGCGGCGGAGCCUGGAGCCGCCGGGGGCGGCCGAUCGAGACGGGGCGGAGCAGGAGCACGGCCGGAGCCACAGAGGCGCCGAGGGGACGCAGGAACCGCACAAUCAGUCCAGCACCGAGCUCUGUGUCCUCCAAUGAGAUGGGAGAAGGGGCGGAGCUUCUCAGGAGAAGACUAAACACUCGGCGGUCACUUUGAUUUUAUUGUUUUUGGUUUUUUUAUCAGCUACUCUGAGAUCUCGUUUGAGUCUCCUCGAUGUGACUUUACACUAAUGUACAGCCCUCUGCUCGCACCGCCUCAUUUCCUCCUUUUUUUUUUUUUACUUUAUUUAAAAAUAAAUCUCAAACACUCGCUUUUAUUUAAAGAGAUUUCUAUGUUUCUACAAAAUUAGAGUUUUAAAUUAAAAUGGAAGGAGCGACGAGGGUGAAAUACUGAAAGCAAUACCCGCCUUUAGUGUACAACCUUUGACCUCUAUGCAGAUGCCCAUCACUGUGUCGUGACAUUUUUAAUAGAACCUGCAUCAAAUAAAAGUGAUGUUUUUCAUGCAGAGUGAUUUUCACGUAUAGCUGCCUGAUGUUAAACCUUUAAAGUCGCUUUAUUGUACGAUUAAACUGUCUGGUAUUAAAGAUCCUUUCCUUCUCA